GAAAAGUUCAACAGGAAGAAACUUGAGACUAGAUUCAUUUAAAUAUUCAUUCCUCCAACCCUCACCCCCUCUACAGCCAUUUCGAUUCAUGGAGAGGAUUACACAUAUGCCCCAUCUCAGGCCUCCAGCCACAGCAACCACACAGUUCCCUUGGAACUGAGGCUGCAUACCUGGGCUCUCCACAGAGGGGGAUGAUGCAGGGAGGGGAAUCCCACCUGCUGUGAGUCACCUGCUGUAUAAAGGGCGGGCCUUACAAUGCUAGGACCUUAAAAAGAGACUCAGAGACACGGAGAAAAACAGCAGGAAGCAGCUCAGAAACUCCGUGAACAACAGAAGGAACAAAACCAGAGACACACAGAACGCAGAGCAUCAGGCUCCAGAGCAAAGGGAAGUGGGCAGAGAUUCCACAGGGACUGGCGUGAGUCACAGAACCAGCCAGACUUGAGAAGCAGGCAACAAAAUGCUGGGGAGCAGGGCUAUGAUGCUCCUGCUGUUGCUGCUGCCACUGCUGCCCUGGACUGCUCAGACCCGGGCUGUGCCUGAGGGCAGUAGCCCUGCCUGGGCUCUGGGCCAGCAGCUCUCACAGAAGCUCUGCACACUGGCCUGGAGUGCACAUCCUCCAAUGGGACACACAGACCUACCAAGAGAACAGGGAGAUGACGAGACUACAGACGAUGUCCCCCACAUCCAGUGUGAGGAUGGCUGUGAUCCCCAAGGACUCAGAGACAACAGUCAGUUCUGCUUACAAAGGAUCCACCAGGGCUUGGUUUUUUAUGAGAAGCUGCUGGGCUCGGACAUUUUCACAGGGGAGCCUUCUCUACUCCCUGAUGGCCCAGUGGGCCAGCUUCACGCCUCCCUCCUGGGCCUUAGGCAACUCUUGCAGCCUGAGGGUCACCACUGGGAGACUGAGCAAACUCCAAGCCCCAGUCCCAGCCAGCCAUGGCAGCGCCUCCUUCUCCGCUUCAAGAUCCUCCGUAGCCUUCAGGCCUUUGUGGCUGUAGCUGCCAGGGUCUUUGCCCAUGGAGCAGCAACUCUGAGCCCCUAAAGCCAGAAGCUUAAGCAUGGCACCCAGAUCUCCAUGGCUCAGCAGUGCAAAAAUGAAUCAGCCCAGGAACCUGUGAGCCAACAAGUUUAUUAGUCCAUUAAUUCUAAUGGGACUUGCAAAUGUUGAAGAAUUACCAACACUGACUAAUUUAUGAUGCUGACCUAGGACAGAGUUGAGUAUUUAUUAACUAGUAAGGGAAAACAAGAUUAUUUAUCCUCACGGCAGCAGUUUGGGGAGAAUUAUUUAUUAUAUUUAUACUGAAUUAUGUACUUUUUUCAAUAAAGGCUUAUUUAUGUGAAUAA